AUGGCAUCUCCUCAGCCGGCGGCCGUGCUCCUCGUCUUCUUCUUCUUCUUCUUCUUCUGCUCUACGCUGGCCCCCUUCAUCGUCCUCCCCUGCGCCGCCGACAGGGGUCACAGCAUAGGCGCCGAGCUCCUCCGCGGUGACUCACUCGAUGACUCCAUGACGACGUCGGAGAAGGUGAGAUCCGCCGUGCGCCGCUCCGGUGAGCGCGUAAGGUACUGGGCCUCACUCGCGAAGGGGUACGACCCCUCGCGUGAGUCGACGGUCUCCCUGACGGCGAAGCUCGCCCCCGCCACCUUCGAGUACCUCAUGGAGAUCUCACUGGGAACUCCGCCGGCGACCGUCCUCGUCGUCCCCGACACCGGCAGCGAUCUCAUCUGGACGAAAUGCGCCUCCUGCCGCAAUUGCACCGGCGAGGGCUUCAACCCUCGGAAAUCCUCCUCCUACAAGCACCUCCGGUGCGACUCUCGGCCCUGCACGGUACUGGAGACCAUGGCCCGCUGCGGGCUCCGCCACAACUGCGACUACGCGCUUUCCUACGGCGAUGGGUCCUCCUCCGCCGGCGUCCUCUCCCGCGAGACGUUUAUCUUCAGCUCCACCGGCGGCCGCAAUGUCUCCUUCCCGAAGGUGGUCUUCGGGUGCAGCCACAGGGUGGGGGGAGCCUUCAAUGCCGGCAUCCUCGGUCUCGGGAGGGGCCCGCUGUCCCUCAUCUCUCAACUGGGCGGCGCUGCUGGCGGGAAGUUCUCCUACUGCUUGGCACCCAUCACGGACAGCCGCGCCGCCAGCUACUUCAACCUCGGGUCGGCGGCGGCAGUGGACGGCGCCAACGUAGUCACCACCCCCAUCGUCUCCCCAAACGGGUUUUCAUCCUCCUUCUACUACCUAUCCCUGCAUGAGGUCACUGUCGAGGCGGUCAGAAUUCCGGCGGAGGUAGAUAUCAUCAUCGACUCCGGCACCGCCGUCACGUUUCUGCCCGACGGCGUGGUCAACGCCUUGGUGGCGGCGCUAUCGACGAAGAUCCCGGCCCCACGGGUCCACGAUCCGGAGGGACAGUUCGAGCUCUGCUAUCGGGUUGGGUCAACGUCGGCGGCGACGGCGGCGUUUCCGGAAGUCGUCUUCGGGUUCGGCGGCGGGAAGGUGGCGCUGAAGCCGGCGAACAUCUUCGUGACGUCGGAGGACGGCGUGGUGUGCCUCUCCGUCCUGCCGUCACCCAGCCCGGCCUUCGCCAUCUUCGGGUUCCUCGCCCAGCAGAAUUUCCAUGUAGGAUAUGAUCUCGUGAAGAACACAGUCUCUCUCGCGCCGGCGGAUUGCGCCCACCUCCGACUGAGGAAGGCGUCCAGGGGUAAACAUUGA